AUGACCAUCCUCUCCAGGCACGAUCGAGCAUUAUUCGAAACAACGAAACGUGUUCUUGCUGAGAUUGUGAACGAAGGACUAGUUUAUGCAAAGCUAGAGUCCACUGCGACCGGAGAGCCACAGAUACUGUGCCUACAGAGUAUACUCAACCCCCAGGAUGGAACCUUGGUCAAGGUGCCGAUCAAAGCUGGCGCUGUCAUCGAGACAAAAGAUGAUCUCGUGGUGUCUGUUGUACGACCAGACAGCUUACAGCCACCUGUGAUUAUUGCGGAUACCAGGAACGGAGAGUUGGACCCAGGGACACUAUUCAAGUUCCUGAGUACUUCGUUCAGUGACGUCGCUAGUGAGAGAGUAGUGGAUGAGAUCGUUCAGGAAUUGCGCAAUUCAGCGGCCAAUCAAGAGAAAUGGCUAGAGAUUAGCGAAUCCCAGCCAUUGUUGAGCCUCAAGGAUAGAUCUGCUAGCUGGGAGCGGACAUUGAUCUAUGGCCACCCGAGUCAUCCCUACCAUCGAUUGUGUUUUGCUCAAGCGCCGCUGAAGCCCGUCACCGCCGCGGAUAUCCCUGAGAUGCUCAACCCAACUCUGGCAUUUGUUUCUGUUCCACGUGCCAAUCUUCGUGUGACAGGCCACUUCGAGCAAGAGUUGCAACCACUCCUGGAAAAGCUUGAAAUUCCAAAAACAACCGGUGACCGGGUGGUUGUCCCUUGUCUCGCUCAGCAAUUACCCUCUAUUCACCAGAGGUUCCCGGACACCAUCGUUCUAAAGCUUAUCGCGGACUGUGCCGAUGCGCAGGCAUCAAUGCGUACUCUCACCAUACGACCAGAGUUGGAGUUCAAGUAUCACUUGAAGCUCUCACUGGCUUGCCAGAUAACCUCCGCCCUGCGAACUAUCACUCCGUGGACAACUUGUGGCGGCCCGGUCCAAACAGAGAUCUUGGAAAAUUUACUUCCAAAGGACCUCUGGGUUUUCCGAGAGGUAGCAGCUGUAUCAGGCAGCCAGGAAGAUUUCAACGAGGCGCGCCACCUUUCUUGUAUUUUGCGAGAUAGCCUGGAGACCAGAGCUAGGGAAAAUGAUGAAACUCUUAUCAUUGCCGCAGCAUUGGCCCAGAAGCCUAGUGGAGAUAGUCGUACAUAUGCGGAGAUUUUGUACAGCUUGGAAACAAUCUCCCAGAAAAGGGAAUGGUUCCGAAGAUACGUUACGGUCCUAUUUGAGCUUGUGCUUCCCCCAUUGGUCCAGUAUGGAAUCGGACUAGAAGGCCAUGGGCAGAAUCUUGUGGCCCGUGUUUGCCGUCGGACAGGUCAAAUCAAAGGAUUUGCCGUGCGGGAUUUCGGAGGAGUGAGAAUGCAUGUCCCGACGUUGCGAAACCAUGGCGUGAGAUAUGAUUCGCUGCCCCCCGGAGCAGCCACCUUGACGGAUGACUUGCAGAAUGUGUGGAGCAAGGUAGACCAUUCACUUCUUCAGAACCACGUCGGGCUCCUGCUUGAGUCAUUGGGAUUAGAGAACCAUGGAGGAUGGACAAUUACCCACGAGGUCCUAUCGACAGUCUUGGGGUCGGAUAAAGGCUCUCCCGGGUAUACCUUGUUCGAAUACUUCACCAAGGACACAAUGCCCUUCAAAUGCUUCCUGAGAAUGAGAAUGGAGGGUAAAUACCGUGAUUACAUUGAGAGGGAGGUUCCUAAUUUGCUUCAUGUCACUUAG